AUGGAUCGCCAGCUUGCCUUUGCUUUCCCUCAGCAGGUCUUUGGCCGGAACGUCCCUGACACCUUCUCUGAUGAGGAUGACGAAAAGUUCCAACAGAGGAUCCGUGCUAAGCUUGAUGCCAACGUAUAUGCCGAAGCAGAGGUCGGUCAUAUCUUUUCCUUAGACAACGGUGGCUCUUGCUGCCGUGAGAAUGUCUUCAUGAUCGAACGUCAGUGGCAUAACCUCCUCUUUUGUGAUGAGCUGAAGGUUGCCUAUGUCGGCUGGCAGAAGGCUCAAACGGCCUGGCGAUUAGCUCAGAGAACUCCGAAGUUCUACGACGGUUGUUGGAAGACCUGGACCUUUGACCAGAUCCGGAACAAGGGCGUGGAGGAUUUCAAGAAGAUGGGCCUCUGGGUGCGUGAGGGGGGUGGCUUUGAUCAAAGGUCGCCUGCGAUACAGGACGGUCGUGUUCAGAUCCUUCCCAGUGGCAUGCCCAUUGGUGUGCAUGACUGCAUGCGCAAUCUUGUGGACGAAUCGCCCAAUCAUGAUGUCUUCGGGGAGAUAGACCUGGGCGAUGAUGACUACCCCUACAUCAUCGCAGCCCCCGCUCAACAGCGGCCUCAGCUUCUGGCUGAGUUGCAACUCUCCAGCCCUGCUAACUAUCAACGUCUCAGCGUGGAGCACCCGGAGCUGUUCGCAAACCAGAGAGAGGUUGCCAGACGAAGACCUGGCGCCAUCGGACGGUCCUGUCCUUGCCUAGAAUGUCUCUUCAUGUAG